CUUGAAACAAAGCAUUACCAUAGCAACAGCCACUACUUCUCCCUAGAUAAGGAGGGCAGGAGCACACGGCAGCAGCAGUGAAGAGAGUUCCUGCUUCAGUGAGUGCUGACCCUGUAUCACACCCAUCCCAGAGCCUUUCACCGGUCGCUUCAAGAAAAAAACUUUUCAAUGAUGUCAACAGAGUAUGUGCAACCACUUGAUAUCCCAGAAGACAGAUUGGACAAGCGAGACUCACACUGCAACCGUUUAGAUGACCUUUCAGAACAGUUGAUUAAGAAUUGUGACCUCAAAAAGAAACCAAGAAAGGGUAAAAAUAUCCAGGCUUCUCAGAACAGUGAGCUGGAACAGAAAAAGCCAAGGAGAAAAGAUACACCUGCAUUACAUACCCCACCAUCUAUACCAGGCAUCCUCUCAGACUUUUCAGAACAUUUAAUUAAAAGGUGUGAGAUCGCAAAAAAACCACAGAUGGGUAAAGUGAGUUCAGUCUCUCAGCUUACUGAUCAGGAACAGAAAAAACCCAGGAGAAAAGAUACACCUGCAAUACACAUUCCACCCCUUAUACCAGGUACUAACAUGCUUAAAGAAGAAAAGCAGACAGUGAUUGUGGAAGAUGAUGAAAAGGAUGGAGAAAAAACCCUUAUUUAAGAUUGAGAUCUCCAAAACUUUUGUAAAUAAUUCCAGAUCAUUCAAAAUAGUAGCAUAUAACAAAGCCCAUUUGUUUUUAUAAAUAAUAAUUUUUGAAAGCAUGCACGGCAUUUAUGCUAGUACCAAAUGCUUAUCUGUAACUCAUGGAGGUCAUGGCUAGCAUUGGAAAAAGAUGAAAGUAAAUAGACUUGUGGUUAGGGUUGGAAGAAAUAUCUUGUAUUAUCUAGACCUAUCGUGCAGAUCCCAUCUGAAGACACAUUUUUUGGCCAUCUCUAACAGUGGCCACAAGGGAUGCCAGCUAGCCAUUAUAUCUAACAGCACAUUACAGGGUGGGAGCUGUGAGGGUGGGAUAGUGUGGGAUACCCACUAACUAAUGACAGGCUUCUCUUUAAGAAGAGAGCUGCUAUAGGUCUACCCCACAAAAGGACAGCACCAGACAGAAGUAGGCCAGCUUCUACACCACCCCCAUUUUUACCCAUGGUUGUGAAAAUUUGGCUAAAGAUUUUAGUGUGUGUUUGUGUCCUGAUUCUGUGUUUCAUUACCCCAGCUUUACUCUGGUAGAAUAUCAGUGACUGAGGUGAAGUUACACUCGCAUAAAAGUGAACAAUCAAGUCCAUAGGUCCUAAAAUUGAAUCCAAACGGCUCUUGCAUGUACAAUAUAAGUUCAGUACCUAUAUUUGUAAUUUUCUCCUUUGUUAUAACCUGUGAGUUUGCUCUAAUACCAAAAAUUAGAACUUCAUAAGAGCCAUCAACUUUGAAACCUUAACUAUUACAAAGCACACUGCCAUCAGAAAAGAAGCUUCCUAGAAGUGCAACAUUUGUAAUUUAUACUGGUAUGUAUUAUUGAAUUUUUAGUGUCAACGUUUUUUCUCCAAAGUUGGUAGAAUAUGAACUAGUUGGGUAGCUGAUCUUUUAAUCUGCAUGUUUUCUUUUAGUAAGUGCUUUUAAUUCAAACCUAGCCUGUUAGGAUGUGCUGUUAAGAUUAAAAAUCCUUUUUGGAGAAUUCAGAGAUAAUCAUACACAAUAAUGUUUUCACUAUAUUAUGUAGUAACAGUUAUUUCCAACUUAAUUCAUACAGUGUCUCAUAGUGCAUCACAGUCAAUUAUGUCCGACAUAGUUCAAACAAAUAGAACUAGGUACCUAAAGAAUGUGACACAAAAAACAGAUGGUCUGAGUGUAAAAAGUGGGUGUUCUCAUGGUUGUUCCUACUAGUCAGGUAUCCACCCAUACAAAGCUCCAACGCUAUUAACAUCAAUCUGUCCUUUAUUGAGUCCUUGACAAUCUCAGCAGAGAGGUCAACGACUGUGUAGCCUGGCAGACUGAAUUCAAUUAUCCUUUUAAUGUCCAACAUGCCUAUCUCUUUAAGAAGGCUUAGGAACACUGGCCGCAAGGAAUCUUACAACAUAGCUACUUCUGCUGUACCUGAGACUUCAGUAUCCAAAGCUAUUGAUCCAGCAACAUUCACAAGCAUUCAAUUCAUUAAAUAUUUAGAGGCAAUGUAUACCUUGUAUGGUAAAUCAAUGACAAUACCAUAAAAAUUACAUGGCAAAACUUGUACAGUGGACUAGAAGUUACUAAUUGGUUACUUGAUAGAUUUUUUUAACUGAAUAUUAAUGUAUAGAGUAGAUAAAAUAUUAACAGAAACCCACAUAUCAAAUAACAAUAUUAAUGUAUGGUGAGCAGUAAGUAUGUUACAGGUAAUGUUUUGCAAUUCAAGUUACAAUUCAUUUCCUGGUAUGGUCUAGCUACAGAACCAAUGCACUAAUUGUUUUUGAGCUAUUAUUAUGUAGGUCAUGGUUGUAGUUCUUUAUUCACAAUUUUCUUUUAAGUAGUCAAUGAGGGACAGCAAGCUCUGGUCAAUAUCUGCACCUCUGUCCUCUUUCUUAAUGUAACACACCUUUUCCACUGGAAGAAUUUCCCACACCCAACUCCAGUGGUCACAAUCAGUGGGGGAAUUGUGUAUUUGAUCCUAGAACAUCACAAUUCAAGUAGCCCGAGCAGUGUGUCUGGAUGAGGUGGCAUGACUAGUGGAUAGAGAACUGGACUGGGACUGUUCUAUUCCUGGCUCUGCUACUAUCCUUGGGCAAGUCACAUUACCUCCCUGUGACUCCAGGUCCCAUCUGUAAAAUGGGGAUAACUAUCUCCUUUGUAAAUCACAUUGAGAUCUACUGAUGAAAAACACCAGAUAAGAGCUAGGUAUUAGCAGCAGUGGGAGGAGGAUGAAGUUCUCCCCAUGACAUGGAGUGGAAGCAGAGCUACUACGUGGCCAGCUCUGGCAGUUCAGGCCUACAUAUUGUGGGAUUCACAUGAUGAAUCAAGAUGGAUUGAUAGCCAUCAGCUAGGCCAUUUCUUCUCCCCAAGCCUUAGAGUAAAGGGCGGUCCUGUGAAGUACAACCCAGCAGCAUCCAGGAGCUCCAGGCACCUAUAUGGACUCUCCACCCUUUUCUUGCCUGUAUAAGAGUUGUGUGAGUCAUGAAUUUACCUACCUCCAAGAAACUUAUAGGCUCCAGACUAAACUCAUUCCUGGUUUAACUCUGUUGAUGUCAGAGCUGCUAAGAUUGCUGUAUUGCUAAUGGUUCUGUAGACUACUGAUUAUCUUGGAGCCUACAGGCUGUUUAGAACUGCUUAAGGAUGUGCAGAGAGCCACAACCUUCAUACAAAGUAGCUCUAUUUCCAUACCGACAUGAGCACUGCUGAGUGGGGGAAAAAAGUGAGUAUUGAGAGGUAGAGGCAGUAUGUGGCCAGGUCAGAGGAACUUUAAUGUGAAUACAAAUAGCAUCUGUAGUAGCACUGCUAAAGUUUUUCAGCUCCUCCUGUUGCCAGUCAGAGUACUUCCUGACCUGAGUGCACUUCAGAACAGCCAUAAAAGGACAGCCACUCUCACAGAAAAGCAUCUGGGGAUUCUCCGAAAACAGUAUUUCUCCCAGCCAGCUGCUGAAUGCCACAUGGCAAUUGCUAAGCACAGUGCUCCAGCACUUGCUCUUCUCAAUUUAUAUCAUGAGUCAAAAGAGUUGCUUACCCUGCUUAGCAGCUGAGGGUAACUCAGAGCUGCUGCCUCAACCCUCAGCUGCAGCCCUGAAGACCUGAGCCCUGGGUCUCCAGGAAAGUGAAAGUUCUGAUCUCAGUUCCGAACCCACAUGUGCUGUUGCCAUGCUGCUGGAUCAAGUUCAGGGGUAGCAGUGUGGAUCCCAAGGCAUCUCAUCCAACUGAAAAUAAACCUGCUUCAACAGUGUCUCUCCUCUGCAUGGCUUCAAAAGUGCAAGAGCCCUUCAACGAGACUCAAACCUGACUCUGCUGUGAAAUACUGGAGGAACAUUUUCAUCCAAUAAUGCAGCCUUUCCUGAUGUGUGGAGUGGGCCCUGACCGAAGUCUGUGUCUGCAAUGGAGCUGCCAUGGCACCGAGGAAGAUGUAGACAUUUAGAUAGGUAAGCCUUUAACACCACAGGACAAGGGUGCAAAUGGGGAGAAACUGGCUUCAUUUUUCUGAAAAGUUUCAAAAGCUCGGAAAUGUUGACCUAGUUUGUUAGUUCAACACAAGACAUUUAUACUUAAAGCACUGUACAUUUAAGCAAGAGUUACAUCUCCAGUGACACCUCUUACUGCAUCACAUCUAAAUUUAUCAUCCCCGUAUAGCCCAAUGCAAAAGCCAGCAAUAAAAAGCCACUGAAUAAACUUCUAGGUGUAGUUCAUUUU